UAAAUGUAGGUUGUAGUCAUGGGAGUUACUGUCCCAAUUUAUUUUUGCACAGAAGGUCAAAUGAAAAUCAUACGGUGGCUGCAUCUCUAUGGACUGGUAAUUAUGGUUUUGGUCCAACCUAGCUGGCAGAUUGUCCUCAAAGAUACGUCCGAUGAGUCUAGAUGGCAAUCUUAUGAAUCCAAAAGUGCCCAGAGUUUUAUGUCCAACAUUAAGCGACACUCCGAAGGCACCUUCACAAGCGAUUUUACUAGAUAUCUGGAUAAGAUGAAGGCCAAGGACUUUGUGCAUUGGCUUAUCAACACGAAGCGAUACAGCUCUACAAAAAGGUACAUUCAAGAGGAUCCCAAUGGCAUCACCUUCCCUUCUGAUUUCACUCCCUUUUAGGUACAAUUAGCCACCCAGAGCAAGAAAUCCAAUUUGUGGCGGUCUCUUCCCAUAGACAGCUAUUGGAUCCACUCGCACCUGACAGCGACUGAAUAGUUUUAAUGGAAGGAUCUCUCGGUGAAACUGAAUGGUGUCUGCUGUUCCUGGUCUCCAAGCUAUUGUAACUGCACGGUGUCAUGCAAUAUCCAACACGCCUACCACUGACAAAGUCCAAGUUGGCGUGGAUUUAUUUGGAACUGUUGCUCCUAUGUUUUAGCUUUUCUUGUAGCUGCUUUUCGGGCACUAGACACUUUUGAAA